AUGGCUCGAGUGGUAACGCUUCUGUCGUCAGUGAGAGAAUUUCUUAGCGUAGACGAAGGAGGGAUUAUAAGUGGCAACAAUCCGAGAAGAUCACCGAACGUAUUUACGACGGAGACGAGCAGUAUUGCCCUACAAGAGGAAGACACCUAUAAUGACGGCAAAGAAAUAGCGACAGACAAUGUAACCGAACUCAACCCUACGCGAAGAACUGCGGAGGAAUCGUCGUCUGGUUCAGAAAUGAGCAACGUCCCGUGUGCUCGUAGUAGAGAGCAGCUGACGGCGCGACGCUGGGUGACUGACGAAUCGGCAAGUCCCAACCCCACGUCGUGCAAUAACAAAUGUUUGGCAGAGUUUCACGUUAAACCGUUCGCAAUGCGCGGAAAACGGCGUGCAUCUAGCCUACCGCUGAAAUUGAAGAGUCACUUUCAAGAGCUGGGUGGAGGCGACGAGAUGCGUAGAACGGGUCUUCUGCAAGAGACACUAAACGAAUAUGGCUCGCGAAGACAUCGCUCUCGGAAUCUGGGCGGUGGCGGCGAGAGCAGCGAGAAGACGUGCCCCUUGUGGUCGCCCUCUUUGACCUCGUCAGCACCGCGUGCAGAUAGCGAGAACAGAGGCAUUGAGGUCGCGAAAGCGCCUUCGUUUGUCGCAUGGGAAAAGUGCAAGAGCGAAAAUGAGCAGGUCCCCGCGGCCAUUGACGUGUUGCCCUGCGACCAACUUGCGGCUGCGGAACCUUCUCUGCCCGAACCGCCAAAAGCAGUAUCGCAUCACGGCAACGAUUUCCCUCGUUCGUCACGCCUCGUGAGGCAGCGUGGCGUUUCCGCCGGCCACGAACAGGCAGCUACCCCGAAAGUUAACGCAGAUGUAGAAUCUACGAGGACGCACGGCGAGCCCACAUUACUUGCAGUCGAAGUCGACCGCGAAGAGGAAGAUGGCAGGCUCUCUUCUGAUGCGAACGAUUUACGCCGCAGUAAACUCUUCGUGCCGCUCGACGAAGGGCCUGCCAAAAUAGUUACGGCGAGCAACGAGGACAACAAUCUCCUUUGCCACCUCGUGGGAGACGUGUCCUUGGACGACGGCACUUGCAUCGUUGAGGUCGACAAGCCUGUUCCGGUUUCCGGAACGGAGGGCGAUGUGUACGGCUACGGUUCCGUGUCACGGUUCGUCCUUCCUGAGUUGUGGACCGAGCGGGAGCCAAAAAGAAACGCACUAUUGAGAAAGUACUCCGAUGCUCAGCGCAAGACGACUCGAUCCGCAUCGUUUACCACGACAAAUACGGACCAGAAGUGCGUCUGCUUCGACGAUAACGUGUCGAGGAAGACCUCCGAGCUCGACUGGACCGGAAUGGCUGCCGAUGACCGUAUAUGUCGGAUCUGUCUCGAUGGAGAGACUGGCGAUACUUUAAUACGGCCGUGUUUCUGCCGCGGAACGGCAGCCUGGGUUCACCGAUCCUGUUUGGAAGAGUGGCUCACUAUAUCAGACUCGUACGAAUGCGAACUAUGCCAGUAUCUCUACAGCAUACGAGUGGAAGUAAAACCAAUUUACAAGUGGAAGAGGCCUGCGACUAACCCGGGAGUGUUCGGGCCUUACAUCUGCCUGCUCGUCGGUAUUCUUUGCUUUUGUACUCCACUUAUCUGUUAUAUCCUCGGAUACAGCGCCGUCCAGGUCAAAAGCUUCUUGAGAGACGCUUACUCAAUGUGGAAAGUACUUGCUAUGAUGGGUUUUGGAAUUAUCACCCUUUCUUUGUACCUCGUCUCAUUUGCCUACUGCAUUUGGCGAUUCUCACGACUUUACCAUAUGCUAGCCGAGUGCAACCGCCAUAUUGUUUUGGAUCUUCCAGGCGAUGUCAACAGGAGCGUUUUGUCCUUUGGAAACCUAAGCCUGGGGAGCAGCCGCGUGCAAGUGCACCCUGCUCACAAUACAAACGAGGAGCUCGCUAGUGUUCGAUCAGAAACAACCCACCUAAGCCAAUCUUCCCAGAGCUAUGUUGGGAUGCCUGAGCCAGAGCAACGAUAACUUUUGGGGCGCGUUGAAUUCUCAACGGAGAAAUGACCGCGGUGUUGUCAGAGGUAGGAAGGAUUCGCCAGUCAAUGCACAAGGAUUCAUUAGCAUGGCUCAUGGCCGCUACAUCCAGACAUUGCUUGAAAACGAAUGUCUGAUUCUGUACUUUUAAUGACGUGAAAACACGCUGUACUGUUAUAUAUUAUAUUUCAUUAAUUAAUUUUACGCCUGCGCAUUGGACGCCUUAUUUAUAUGGAGCAGUUUCUUCAUGUAAUUACUGGGAGAGGUUACAUUACACAGGCAUAUUCGAAACGUAGAUCUCAUUCGUGCUAAUUAUUGCACUGUUGCAAGUAAAUGUAUUGUGGGCGUUGUAACAUACAAGGAGGUUUCCGCAAAAUAAUCGGGAAAAAAACGUGUACACUAGUAAUAUUCAGCCCGUUUUGUAAACAGCUAUAUCGCAAUACCGAUACUCAACAUCAAUUCGUUUAUGCGGCACGCCCAAAAUUUUGCCCGCGUUGGCAGGCGUGGUACUGUCGGAAUACAACGUAGCCGCGGUACACAGGUCACUCUAGCCUGUCGAACAUUGGUAUAUACCUUGAUUGAAAAGUCUCAGGUCGAAUAGAGACUAAUUAUUAUUAUCCACCGCGCGUCUAGCUGCUGUCUACUGCUGAGCCGUGAUAAUUCAUCAUAGUAAUAUUGGCUUUUUAAACGUUGACGGAUGAACUACGUCAACGAAUCUGACGUUAUCUUUCACCUUAAUUGCUCUAGCUAUUGUAGCUUUUAUUGUGUAAUUAUACUGUAUAGUCGCGCACAUGUUGCAACCCGAUAAAGGCUAACUAUAAGGUCAUAGCUGUUAUCAAUAUAUACCAGCAUUUAGGUGUCGACGACAAAAUAUAAAUGCGUU